UCAGCAGGAGUGUCGGACGCUCGGUUUCGCAGUCACCGACUUUAGUAUUUCUUCGUUUAUUUUCUUUUUUAUUCCUUGGUUUUAACGCUCCGUCUUCAACGCACGCUAUUCACAGCAAUAAUAACUGCCGUGUUUUAUGUGUAAAAGUUACGAAAGUUUUGUUUUGACAGUUUCACGUGUUCGACUGUAAUUGCCGGCUCCGAGACGAAUGUUUAUAAAGUAGGCAUACGGCCUUCAAUUAGCGCAGGUAGACCGGCAUCAUCGCGAGUGCAAACAAAACAAAGUUUUUCAAUAUUGGCGCGACAGUAUUUGGAUAAUAAAAAAACCGUACCGGUACCUAUCGGUGCCUUCUUAUUUGACGAACGUGGUGUGAUUCCCUCGGAUCUUGUGACGAACACGUCUAGAAUAUUGGAUGUGUAAUUUGUGCUGUGCUUAGUCAGUGUAACGUUACUUCGAAUAACAUAACCUUUGAAAAGUGGCGCGUGUUUUGCGGACAUGCGCAGUGGUGUACGAAAAUAAUAAGUGAGAAGUUCAUAAUUUUAUAAACAAUUAGUGAAGUUUACUGGAGUCUCCUUGCAAAUACGAGUGAACGAGUAUUUGACGAGGCCAUUCGUGCAACGGAUUCGUUCCUGUGGAGUUUUGAAUUUUGAAAUUCGAACAAAGUUCACCUGUGGGAUUCCAAUAUUACCUGCGCGCGCAACACUCUUUUUACACAAGGUUGGCGCAAGUAUGAUGUCCUGUCCCCUCCAGCUGCCGCUGCUGCCGGCCCUGCACCCUCAGCCCGCGCUGGCCGCUGACUUCCCCAUACACAUUGGCAUUAAGAGGGGCUCAGACGAGCUUCUUUCGCAGAGUGGCGUCACAGUCAUGGCACCCGCGGCGCCACACCACGCGGACAACAAUAACCAGGAUUCGGCAGCCAAAAAGGUGAAACUGGAACAGAACGUGGGCAAGCCGUCCCGGGUGAUACACAUACGGAACAUCCCCAAUGAGACGACGGAGGCGGAGAUCAUACAGCUGGGCUUGCCCUUCGGGAGAGUCUCCAAUGUCCUCGUGCUCAAGGGAAAGAACCAGGCUUUCCUGGAAAUGGGUGAGGAGCUAGCAGCGGUCGCGAUGGUCGCGUACUUCGGCGGUUGCGUCGCCCAACUGCGCGGUCGCGCCGUCUACGUACAGUUCUCCAACCACAAAGAACUCAAGACGGACCAGACUCACAGCAAUGCGUCUGCUUCGGCGCAGGCGGCGCUGCAGGCUGCGCAGGCGAUCUCCAACAGUGCGGGCGCGGCGCUGGUCGCCGGCGCGGGAGCAGCCCUACAGCCAGCUAAUGGAGGCACUGAAAUACAGGGUGGCCCCAACACGGUGCUCAGGGUGAUCAUAGAACACAUGCUGUACCCCAUAGUGCUCGACGUGCUGUACUCGAUAUUCCAGAGAUACGGGAAAGUGCUCAAAAUCGUCACAUUCACUAAAAAUAAUUCAUUUCAAGCCUUAAUCCAGUACCCAGACACCGGGUCAGCGCAAAUGGCGAAAACGGCCUUGGACGGACAAAACAUUUACAACGGUUGCUGCACGCUUCGCAUUGACUACUCCAAGAUGACCUGCUUGAACGUGAAAUACAACAACGACAAGUCGCGAGACUACACCAACCCCUCACUGCCUUCCGGGGACGGGGACACCCAUCAACUGUUGACCAGUGAGUUGAUGCCACUGCGGGCUCACCUUGCCUUGGCCCUCGCAUCCAGGAUGACUGGAGGGGUUCUAGCCCCGCCUUUCUUGGGUCUGGGCUCUGGCCUCGCGUCCCCGUACGGAGUGGGAGUGGGCGGAGUUGGCCUGCCAGCGUUUGGGGCCCUAACCCUGACUCCGGCCUCGCCUGCUCUGCGGGCACUGGCGGCCCCACCGAUGCCCCUAGCCACAGUACUGCUCGUGUCCAACUUAAAUGAAGAGAUGGUCACGCCUGAUGCUCUCUUUACCCUUUUCGGCGUGUACGGCGAUGUGCAGCGAGUGAAGAUCCUCUACAACAAAAAAGAUUCAGCCCUAAUUCAGAUGGCGGAGCCGCAUCAGGCUCACCUGGCCAUGACUCACAUGGACAAGCUGCGCGUGUUCGGCAAGGCGAUGCGGGUCAUGCUCAGCAAACACCAGACGGUGCAACUACCUAAGGAGGGCCAGCCGGACGCUGGCCUUACAAGAGAUUACUCUCAGAGCCCCCUGCACAGAUUCAAGAAACCGGGCAGCAAAAACUACCAGAACAUCUACCCGCCCAGCGCCACCUUACAUCUGUCCAACAUUCCAGCCACAGUUUCCGAGGACGACAUCAAAGAGGCCUUCACCAAGAGAGGAUUCACUAUCAAGGCUUUCAAAUUCUUCCCGAAGGACCGCAAGAUGGCGCUGGUGCAGCUUCCGUCGAUCGACGACGCGGUGGCGGCGCUCAUCAAGAUGCACAACUACCAGCUCUCCGAAUCCAACCACCUACGAGUGUCCUUCUCCAAGUCGAGUAUUUAAAUAGCUCACCGGAAUAUCACACAAGUCGCAUCCGUGGCGGGGACGUAUCUUCAAAAGUAGCGCACACGGCAAAGAUACGACAUGUCUUAAGAAUCGUCAUACAUUUGUAUGAACACAAUUAAACGUAUCUUCGCCGUGUGUCGCGCAAGAGUCUUCUCUCGUUAGGCAAUGUCAAAUUAAUUAAGGACUUCUAGAUACGCCCGCGAGAAAGCGCCAUCUAGCGAUGCGACCAAAUCGUACCUCUCAAAAUCGAGAACUUCACUCGACUGAAUUAUGAUAUCUGUAUUACGCUUACUCGGAUCAGUCUAGAUCUUAAGUACUGUUCUAUUUCUCUAGUGAAUACGAUUUACUGUUAUCUUAGUUACAUAGACCUUUCACUAGGCAGCUAAUUGUUUUUACAUUGUGAAGCGAGUGACGGUUAUGAAUGCGAGCACAUAUCAAAAUGCAUGUAACAAAAUUCAAUAUUAUUUUGAUGAGUUGGGACAAAAUUUCCAGUGAAGAAAUCUUUUAUUUGCAAUAGAUUUAAUUCAUAAUCGUCGUUUGCUGGUGACCUACCACUGUUUCAUUAGAGAGGUUAUUUUGUGUGGUAUUUCAUUCCAUAUUUUUAAUUGAUUCAAUAUAUUUUUAUAUACAUAGUUUAUUUCCAGUGAUUUCAGUUAAACGAAACAGCUACUGAAUAUUUUAACACUGAAGUUAGAAAGAGAUGCAGCAGUUUUAAAUAUGACAACUAUUUUAAAGCGUAGCUAACUUCACGGUGUUCGUACUGCUUGCAAUUAGAUUGCGCUAGAAUUAUUUAUUUUUGGCGAAUUUUUUAUUACGCAAUGUGAGACAUUGCUCCGAUUGUUUAUGAUUAUUAUAGCACAUUAUUAUUAUUGAAUAUUUUAUUAUAUUAAACACUGAAGCACAUGUUAAAAUAAUCCUCCGUCACAUAUAAUUUGCAGUUAUUACUCCUAAGAUUAUAUUUUAUACAUAAUAUAUUUUAUUGUCUAUUUUAAUAUGCACAAUUUAUGGCAUUUUGGUAAUUAUAGUUUUGUGCGCAUACACAUUUACGUGUGUACUAAUGGAUCAAAUGUGUAUGUGUGUGCAAUAUUAGUUGUUAGUCAAGAUUUAGUUUACCUAAAUAACUCGUCUUCUCUUCGGUAUCAGCCGGGCUCCCCUCGUUCUUCCGUGUUCGUUUCGUUUAGGAUUCGAGUUCUAUUAGUUGUCUCUCGAUUAGUUAGUGUAAUCACGACUAUUAUCGCUAGUGACCUAGUGUUUAUAUCACUAUAGUUUAUUAUGUUCAGUGACAUAAUAGUGACAUGAUGCAUUUAUCUCGAUGUUAAUUUAUAUUAAUGGUAGCUACAUAAAUGCUCGUGUGUACGGUACACUAAUUAUAGAAAAAUAUAUUUAUUGUCUCCGGUCAAGGAUUCCCACUCGACGUGGACUUUUACUUUUAAAGUAUGAACAUCUAAGUAUUUAAUUAUUGUGAACAGUCUGCGGACGGAUUCACGUUUUCAUAACUAAAAUAACAGUAUUUUAGUUGGAUACGCUGUGACUCGACACUCUGUUACUCGGAACUUCACUUCCUAUCGAUGAUUCUUUUUCACACAUCUUUGCCUUCGUAAAAUUAGAAAUGCGUCUAGUCCAUUACGAGAGAGAUUAAAUUCGUGAAUUAAGUAAAUGAAUAGUGACUAAAUUUCCUUCGCAAUACUUAAGCUCUGACCUACUUAGGAUUGUCGGAUAGUCGGUGGCCGCGAUUUCUCAGUUAGGACCAUUUUAAGUGUUCAGUUACGUCCAAUCUAUGUGAUUAGGCAAAGCAUGCGUGAAACAGAUACCUGAUUUGAUUUAAGGUAUAUAAUUGGUAAAAGCUUAGUAAAAUUAAACAUAUCUAAACAUAUCCCGUAAUAUCCCUGGGAAUUUCUGUGACUUCAGUGGUAGGCCUAGGUCCGCCGGGCCGGGCCAGCGUAUGCCGACCGGUGUACUCCAGUCACAAAGAGUAUUUUUUAUUUUUAAGACAUAAAUAUCACAUAUUUACACUAUUAUAAAAUUAUAAAUACAUCACGUGCCGUUGUAAGAACAAUAGAGCUUAGUAAGAAAAUUAAAUAAAAAAAUUAGAUUGUCGUAAUGUAAGGAUAGAGAUCGGUCUAGGCCGUUCGAUGCGCGUGCGCACAAGACGCGGUCCUGCGCAGCGCAUGCAUGAGCGUGCGCAUUGUGGGCGUGAUCAUCGGACGAGCCCCUAAAUAAGAUGUGUAAGUAGUUCGGUUAAAGUAAUUUUAGGCGACCAGGGUGUGGUGAUAUUUUGCACGUUUUUGAAAUGUUUUUCUAUAGGGUACAGAAAUGUGCAUGAUUGAGUGAGUAUUGCGUUCGAGACGGAAUCGGUAUCGCAGCUAUAUUGUAAAACAGAAUCACAAGAAAGAGAUUACAUAUCUAUCGUACUCGGCGCUACACACCGGCGCGCGGCGGCGCCCGCCCCGGCUCGAAGUAGGCGACCGUGUAGCGUCUAAGGCCUAAGUUUCUCAGUUACUGGUAUUGACUAUAUAGAUAACUUAUAGGAUUUAUGUGUUUAGAGAAGUAUUUUAAAUAUUUAGGGUAAUAUCGUAAUAUUAUAAUUAUAAAAAUAAUAAUCAGUGUUUAGGACGAGAUGCCAAAUUAAAGUCAAUACACAUUAUUUUAGGUAAAACGUAAUUGAAUUAAUCUUAACGUUUAUUAAAAAGUUAAUGGAGAUGUUACAGUUAAAUUAUAUUUGAGAGUUUUAUUGAGCGCAAUAUAUGCAAUUUUAUUCAUUGUAAGCGAAUUGUUUCCAUUUGUUAGUUAAAGUUAUGCGUUGAAUGAAAUAUUUAAAAGUUAAUUUUCCUUGUUCGAUACGCGUCAAUUAUGCACGCACUGAUUGGUACUAAAUAUUAUUGUAAAUGUCUUCGUGUUUCGUGUACAAUGCUCAUGUUCAGUGUCUAGUGCCGGUUUUACGACUGCAUUCCAAAUUCAAACGUGACGUUUUAAACUAUAAUUGUCCAAAAAACGCCACUAGAGGCGCCACAGGCGCAUAAAUACAAAGAGAGAAAAUAUCUGCCUUUGACGGUUGUGUAGAGAGAAACUGAGAUAUUUGCAGUCGUGAAAACGCACCAGGCUUUUCUGCUUCUUAUUGCGCUUCUCAAUAUUAUCUAUCUGUAAACUGUGUUCUUGUAUUUCUCAGUAAAGUCAACAUAUCAGUAGGGUGAUUUCGGUAUGGCGCAUGAUGGUUUAUUUCCUUCACUUUUU